AUGGAUAAUACCUCUGGAGAGUUUAAUUUCCUUCUUUACGGGCUAAAUGACUCAAAGACAAACAGAUACAUUUACUUUUCAUUUGGUCUGGCGAUCUAUAUCAUAACUUUAUUUAUAAAUAUGACACUAAUUAUUACAAUUAUUCUGGACAAAACACUUCAUGAACCUAUGUAUCUUCUAAUAUGCAAUUUGUAUGUAAAUGGAAUAUGUGGUGCUUCUGCUUUUUAUCCUAAGAUUCUUGCUGACCUUUUAUCUGAUUAUCAAAUAAUUUCAUAUAAAGGAUGCAUGUCACAAAUAUAUAUAAUUUAUGUUUAUGCUUUUUGUGAAUUUACAUGUUUAACAAUAAUGGCAUAUGACAGAUAUGUAGCCAUUUGUAAGCCUCUGGAAUAUCACUGUAUUAUUACACAACAGAAGGUGAUGAAAUUGCUGGUUUUUACUUGGCUCUUCACCUUACUGGAGACAUCAGUUGGGACAGCACGACUACCCUUGUGUGGUAACAACAUUGACAAGCUUUAUUGUUUUAACUGGGGUGUUGUGAAGCUAUCUUGCACAGACAUCACCUUAAACAACUUAUAUGGAUAUGUUCUAAUAGUUACUCAUGUUUCCCAGUCUUUCGUCAUUAUUGUUUCAUAUGUUUACAUCAUCAGAGCAUCUUUGCACUCAAGGAUACAGUGGUUUAAGUUCAUGCAGACAUGCCUGCCCCAUUUAAUAGCCCUGGUUAACUUUACUAUAUCACUUUUGUUUGAUGCUCUGUGUGCUCGCUAUUGUCAAGGACAGCAAGCUCUGAGCAACAUCUUAGGAAUGAUGUUUCUUGUUGUGCCACCCCUUCUAAAUCCUAUAAUAUAUGGAAUGAAGCAAACCCAAAUACGCCAUGCAUUAGUAAAAAUGUACAGAGGCAUAUUAAAAUGUUGGCAACAGCACUAAUAUUAAUCACAAGUAAUUUUGCUUACAGAAAGUAGAAAGUAUUUGGUAAUACAUAUGUGUGCACAAUCAGUCAUCAGUUUAUUUGUAUGUAUGUUUUAAUCUUAACCAUUGAAAACAGAUAUUAGUGAGUAUUGUGUUUUAU